AUGUUCAACGCCGUCCGCCGUAACCUUAUCAGCAAGGUCGCACCCGUUGCCCCGCUCGUUCACUGCGCCGCUGUCCGCCUGAGCGAUAACCACGACGCACCGAUUAUCCAGGGCCCCGGAGCUCCCGCCGGCCGUACCCCGACUGACUUUGAUCAGUCCACGGGUUACGAUCGUGCCGAGCACUUGGCCGCUCUCGAGGGCAAGGAGUUCUUCGACAUGGGUCCUCUUGAGUUGACCAAGAAGGGCACCAAGGCUGAGCCCACGAUUGUUCCCUCGGGCGCCGAGUCUCGCAUUGUCGGGUGCUGCGGUGCUCCCGGUGAGGAUCAUGAGCUGAUCUGGCUGGUCAUUGAGCGCGAGCAUGCGUUUGAUCGUUGCCCCGAGUGCGGCAAUGUGUACAAGCUUUCGGACAAGGGAUUCGACCCUGAGAACCUGGGCACUGCCAACCACCACCACGACCAUUAA